UCUGAUUCUUAAACCCUUGAAGAGCCCUUGCCCCUAAACCCCAACCCCAUUUUUCCUUUCCAAACAUGGCCUUCGCCUCCAUCCUCCGAAGAUCGGCCUCCACAGUCGCUCCAAUCGUGACUCGACUGGCCCUGGGUCAGCGAAGCUUCGGUUCUGCGCUUUUCACGGCCCUUAAUCACCACGUCAAUCUUUCUCGCGAACACUCUGUUUCAUUUCCAUCCUAUUAUUCUACGGCAGCUGCCAAGAAGCCGAGCGCCACUGAAUCUCUUCUCCGAGUUAUUGAGUCUGAGAUCAAGUGCGCCCGGGAGACCGACGAUCAUGAUCGGGUUGAAGAGAUUCCUAAAGGUUUCCCUUUCAAGAGUGAAGAUAAUCCUGGAGAACAAAUUGUAACACUGACAAGAGAGUAUGAGGGUGAGACGAUAAAAGUCUUAGUACAAAUGCCUGGUCUCGUGACUGGAGAAAAUAAUGAGAUAGGUGACGCGGAUGGUGAUGAUGAAAAUGAGAAGGCCGGUCAAUCUAGUGUUCCACUGGUUGUUACCAGCUCUAAGAAAAGUGGUCUUACACUGGAAUUCAACUGUGUUGCUUACCCUGAUGAGAUUGCUAUCGAUGGCUUGUCCGUUAGACAUCCAGAAAAUUCGGAGGAUCAGUUUGCCUAUGAGGGGCCUGACUUCCAUGAUUUGGAUGAGAAUCUGAAGAAGGCAUUCCACAAGUAUUUGGAGAUCAGAGGAAUAAAGCCAAGCACAACCAAUUUCCUACACGAGUACAUGAUCAACAAAGACAGUCGAGAAUACGUUUUUUGGUUGAACAACCUUAAGAAGUUCAUGGAAGCAUAAAUUUGUGGGUUCAAUAGAGUUUUGGUAGAGAUUUGCUACAGCUAAUGAGCUUCCUCGUGUUAGGAAUGACGCAACCACCGCGCUCCGCUGCCUGUAAGUUUUAGCCUAAUAUUUGCACAACUUUUUUGCUAAUAAAUUGAGUAGAUUUGAGUAAUCUUGAGUUAGUUUUCAUCAAAAUUCCUUCAAAACCAACUGAAGGAAUUUAUUUACAUGGCAAACAAGGUUAUGCACAUACUGCCAUACUGGGCAUGAAAUGAAUCUCAAAUAUACAGAUCAUAGUGACAAUCAAGCCAUUAAUCAACUUUCAAUUCAUAAUCUCUUCGACAAUUAAGCCACUACAAGACCUCUUUACACAACCGAGUUCAAGAAAGAAAAUAGUGCAAUAAAAGG